UGUAAUUAAUCUGACAAAAUUUGUGUACAGGUAAUUGAUCCGAGGAGGCUGAAGUUUCUUUUCCAAAAGGAGCUGAGGAACAGUGAUGUUAGCUCUCUUAGGAGAAUGAUACUCCCAAAGAAAGCAGCUGAAGCUCAUCUGCCAGCUUUGGAGUCCAAAGAAGGGAUUAUUAUGACAAUGGAUGACUUGGAUGGGGCACAUGUUUGGAGCUUCAAAUACAGGUUUUGGCCAAAUAACAAUAGUCGAAUGUAUGUACUUGAAAAUACUGGGGACUUUGUCAAUGCCCAUGGCUUACAACUUGGAGAUUUCAUCAUGGUUUACCAAGAUCACCAAAAUCACAAAUAUGCCAUUCAAGCCAAAAAAGCCUCCGAGCAAGAGAUAUAUUCCGACAUAGCAAAGAACGUCGUCGACGUCGAGAUCAACGACAUCAUCUUUAGCGACUACGAUGAUGUUACCAAAGCCAACCCCAUAUACAUGCCUUAUCCAACCGUGGACGAUGAUCCCGGCAUGUCGUUCAUCUACGACACCAGUUCUGCCUUCGCGGACGACUCACCCUUCGACUUUCUGGAUGGAUCAAUGACCACCAACUACUCGAGAAUGGGACCUCUUGAAGGAUUCGGGUCGGUCGAAAACCUAUCUCUCGACGACUUCUACUAAGAGACGGAUCGAUCGAGAGAGGGUGCAUGGUUAAUUAACUACAUAGUAAAGAAAACUCCUGCAUGGUUUCACAACAAGGUCAAAUAUUAACUUGAAAAUCCUUUGGGGACGAAGGGUUUUGACUUGAUAUUUGUACUGUCUAUUUUGGUACAAUCCUUGUUUUAUUUUGGUACUAAAUGUGUGUGACCAUGCACGUUUGUAUAAUAAAAGUGUCAAACUUUAAGGUUGUUUAGCUUAUCUUAAAUAAUAGUACAUUAACUUUUCAUCA